CCCUGCACGGGGACUCGCCGCGGAGCGGGCUGAGGGGAGAGAAAAAUUGGCGGGUCUAGGAGGGAUCGGGGAACUUCGGGUGUUCCUGAGGGAAAAGACAAUUAGUGGUGUCCCCAAGGGAACAGGGAAUUAAUAGUUUUCCUAAAGGGAAAGAGAUUUUCAGGUUUUCCUGAGGGAAAAGGGAACUUCGGGCAUUCUUGAGGGAGCAGGGAAUUACUGUUGUUCCUGGGGGGAAAAGGAACUACAGGUGUUCCUGAAGGAGCAGGGAGUUACUGAUGUUCCCAAGGGAUCAGAGUAUUCAUGUUUUCUUAAGGGAACAGGGAUAACUAAAGGCUUUCCAAAGGAUAAAGGGAAUUCCUGUUAUUCCUAAGGGAACAGGGAACUUCUGGUGUUGGUGAGAGAGAAAGGAAUUUCUGUUUUUCCUAAGGGAAAAGGAGAGUUGGGGGUGCUCCUAAGGGAAAAGGGAAUUUCAGGUGUUCCUGAGGGAAAAGAACAUUGUGGGUGUUCCUAUGAGAGCAGGGAGUUUCAGGUAUUCCUGAGGGAAAAGAGGUUUGGAUGCUACUGAUGGAAUUGGGAAUUCCUGUUGUUGUUGAGGGAGAAGAGAAUUUCUGGUUUUCCUAAGGGAAAAGGGCAUUACUGUAUUUUCUGAGGGAUCAGGGAAUUUUGUGUGUUCCUGAGGGAAAGGGGAGCUUCAGGUACUCCAGAGGGAACUGGGAAUGACUGAUGAUGCUGAAGAAAAAGGGAAUUACUAGUUUUCAUGAGGGAAAAGGGCACUACUGGUAUUCCUGAGGGAGUGUAGAAUUGCUUGUUUUCUGGAUGAGAAAUCAGUUUCUAGUUUUCCCAAGGGAGAAAGAACUCUUUAUGUUUCCUGAGAGACCAGUUUCUGGAUUUUCUGAGAGAAAAGAAAAUUUCUGGUUACCCAAAAGGAGAAGGAAAUUUCUUGUUAUCCUGAGGGAGAAGAGAAUUUCUGGUGCUGGUUUUUGCCUCUUUCUUCUCACUCUGUAGCCAUGGUGGAGCGGGAGAGGCCGCGGGCGCUGCUGCGGCUGGUGCAGGAGGGCCGGAUGGAAUUCCUGCGGGAUGAGCUGCAGAAGGACACCACCUUGGGCUCCGUGGUGCAGAACCAGCGCUAUGGGCGCCUGAGGGACACGCUGCUGCACCACGCUGCCCGAUACGGGCACCAGGAUAUCCUUGCCUACCUGGUAGAGGUGUUGGAGAUGGACAUUGAGGUGUGCAAUAGUGACUACAAGAGACCUCUUCAUGAAGCGGCCUCCAUGGGCCAUGGGGAGUGUGUCUCCUACCUCCUGGAGAGAGGAGCAAGUGUGGACUGCUUGAAAAAGGCAGACUGGACUCCCCUAAUGAUGGCUUGCACCAGGCCAAACCUGGAGGUGAUCAAAGCUCUGGUGGAGCAUGGAGCCAACCCACUGCUGAAGAAUAAGGAUGGCUGGAAUUGCUUCCACAUUGCGAGCCGGGAGGGCCAUCCCCAUGUCCUCCACUAUCUGCUGGAUGUGUCCCCAGGCAGCUGGGACACAGAGAGCACAAUAAAGAGAACUCCUCUGCACACAGCAGCGAUGCACGGCUGCCUGGACGCUGUGGAGCUGCUGCUGGAGCGGUGCCAGUACAAACCUGACAGCAGAGACAGAUGUGGAAUCACUCCCUUCAUAGAUGCCAUCCAGAACGGGCACGUCGACAUCGCCCGGCUGCUCCUGGAAAAACACCAGGCCAAUCCUUCAGCUGUGGAUGCUCUGGGCGCUCAGGCUCUGCACCGGGCAGCUGUGACAGCCCAGGAUGAAGCCAUCCACUUCCUUGUCAGAGAGCUGGGUGUCAAGGUCAAUGAGAGAGCCACCACCCUCCAACUCACAGCUCUGCACUAUGCAGCCAAGGAAGGACACGCACACACCAUCCACACGCUGCUGUCCCUCGGCGCUGAUGUCCACGCCAAAGAUGGAAAAAAACGUUCAGCUCUCCAUGCAGCGUGUGCUGGACAGCAGGCAGAUGCCGCACGGGUCCUGCUCCGCGCCGGCCUGCGUGAUGCCCCGGAUAGCACGGGCACGCUGGCACAGCAGCUGGCAAGCAAGCCAGAGGUCAUCCAGGUGUUCCAGGAAACAGAUGUCAGCACCUGAGACCGACUGGGAGAGAGAAAAACAUUUCAUUUCAGUGUGGUAGCCAGACCUUCCAGCUCAACCUCUGUCCAGGCUAACCUCAGCAUUUCCACUGUCUAUACAUCCACAUGGACAUCAUUCCAGUCCUCCAAGCCAAUCUGCAGCUGCCAACAAGGCUCUCCCUCCCAUCCCAAGCUGCCUGUGUGCCACUGGCUUGGCCAGUGGGGAUUCAUGACGGUGGCUUAUGCAGAUCAGUGGUUGUCUGAUGCUCAACAAGGCCAAGUGCAAGGUCCUGUAGCUAGGUUGGGUAAAUGUCCAGGAUCAGUCCAGGCUGGCGAAGGAAGCAGCCCUGUGGAGAAUGACUUGGGGGUGCUGGGGAGUGAAAAUCUGGACAUGAGUCAGCACUGUGUGCUCACAGCCCAGAGCUAAUUUGUCCUGGGCUGAUCCCCAGCAGCAUAGGCAGCAAGUGGAGGGAGGGGAUUCUGCCUCUCUGCUGUGCUUUGCUAAGACCCCAGCUAAGACAUGGACAGCAGAGACAUGGACCUGCUAAGAGGGGGGUCAGUGGAGGCCACAACAAUGGGAGGGCUGGAAGCCUUCUGCUGUGAGGCCAGGCUGAGAGAGUUGGGAUUGUUCAACCUACAGAUGAGAAGGCUCCAGGGAGAGGCUCCUGGUGGCCUCUCAGACUUAAAGGGGCUGAGAAGAAAGCUGAGGACAGACAUUUUAGAAGGGCUUGUUGUGACAGGACAAGUGGUGAUGGGUUUAAACUAAAAGAGGGGGAUUUAGACUGGAGAGAAAAAGGAAAAUUCUUCUACUGAGGGUGGUAAGACCUUGUCCCAGGUUGUCCAGAGAGGUAGUAAAUGCCCCAAUCCCAGUCAUGUUGUUUGAGGCUCUGAGCAACCUGCUCUGGUUGCUGUCCCUGCUGACUGCAGGGAAGCUGGACUAGACCUUUAAAGGGCCCUUCCAACCCAAUCCAUUCUCUGCUUCUAAAUACUAAAGCCAUUUAAAAGGAGCUGCUCUAUUCCCAUCAUGAUGGGUUUUGACCACAUGAUGGAACUUCACCCACUUCUUCAGCACCCCCAGUGCAUUGCCCUCUACAUUGUGUGGCCUGGUAGGUCUGGAGGACGCAGCCAUCUGACCACAUUAAGAUGUCUUAAGCCCUGAGGGCAUCUAAUCCACACAGGCAACCCCGAGGCCCAUAAGCAGCUUUGCUGCUGCGUACGUGCUCCUUCCCUGGGAUGUGGCUCCACAGGGCCUUAAAACCAGUCUGCAACUGGGAAAUUCUUGCCUCCCUUCAAGGAAGUGGUGGGUGGGGGAGAUGGGGUAGAGACAAGGAUUUAAAAAAAAAAACACAAACACUUAAAUGCCACCAAG